AACUCGAAAAGUCAUAUUAGAAAUUGAAAUGCCAGCCACACAAAUCACAUCAUUGGCAUUUGGUGGACCCAAAUUGGACAUUUUGUACGUUGUUACGGCAAACAAAGAUGGUUUACAACCGGAAGGAUCCGGAUAUUUGUAUAAAAUUACAGGACUGGGCGUGAGAGGGUACACUGGAUUUAGAUAUCGAAAUGAGCUUCCAGUUAAUUACAACUGGAAAAUGUGUCGUUUAACUUAUCUGAUUUGCUGGUCACUAGUGUUUUUAGCAUGUUCCGUUUUGGGUUAUCAGAUCCAACGACUACAUACAUCAAGAAAUACGCUAAGUGAGGUCCCAUAUUGGGAUGCAAAAACUCGUAGUUUAUACUAUGUAGACAUCGCCGGUUCCAAUUCUUCCAUUCACCGUUACGAUUACGAUGAGGACCAGGAUUAUCGGGCGACCAUCGAUAUGGCGCCAAAUCUACGGUUUAUUUUACCAAUUAAUUGUGCCGAAAAUUAUUUUCUGGUUGGAAUUGGUUUGAAAGCGGUGAUUGUUCAUUGGAAUGGUCGUGCGGCAAAAGCUAGCGUAGUGAUGACACUAUUCGAAAUCGAUGAAAAUCCCGUGAAUCUAAUAAACGAUAUAAAAACUGAUGCACGUGGUCGAUUUUAUGGUGGCACAAAUAGUAAUGAUCCGUGCGACAAUAUACCGAAUCCAUCGGGAGGUUUCUAUAAAUAUAACAAACGAAAAGGCUUGCACAAAUUCUUUGGCAAUGUGUCCAUAUCGAAUGGAUUGACAUGGGUGCGACAAACGAACAAGUUCUACUAUGUGGACUCGUGCACACAUGACAUCAAGGAAUUUCAUUAUAACCCGGAAAAUGGCGACUUGACUAAUGAACGUCAAAUCUAUUCACUCAUUCAAAAUGGCGUUACACCAGACUUUGUUUUCGAUGGAAUGACCUCUGAUCUUGACGGUAACUUAUAUCUAGCCACAUUCGGUGGAAGUAAAAUUGUCAAAUUCGAUCCAAG